AUUUUCUCCAAGUAUUUGGGUCAAAAACAAAACGUAGCAGCUGCGAGCGGGAAGGAGAUGAGGGGGGAUGAGAGGACAGCCCAGCAGACAAACAAGUCCGCUCUGGAACACAUGGACUUGCCCCACGUGAAUCAAUAUUCAAGCCCUGAUCCCCGUUGAGCAACGGGGCCAAAGACGAGAGGGGCUCAAAGACAGAUGAGACGGAGGGAGGGGCUGUGGGACGCCGCGUGUAAAGCAGGGGAUUCUCACUGGGAGCAGGGAGAAAGACGACCGCUAUCCCUGCUAGAACCAAGGGGCUCGACAUCCUGAAGCCGCCCUGGUCACACCGCUGGACUCCAGGACUCCGGAUCAAACUAAUAUUAAGGAGCUCAGAGUGGAAUGAUGUCCCACAAAGUGAAGUGGCUCAUUGUGAUCCGGCUCCUGCUGACUGAACAGGUUCUGUGCCGGGCGCCACCUCCGCCGACACCCAGGGGUCCUCAGCUUCCGGGACCUGACGUCCACGAGGAGCUGGAGGAAACAGCCCAACGGCCUCGUCAGUCUGUGGCGCCGGCCCAGGUCCGGCUCAGCCUGGGGUCGUCUGGGGAAAUGCCUGGUUCUGCCUCCGAGGGGAGAAUCCAGUCUGCGGCGCGGAUGAUAACAGUGCUGAAGACAAGGCUCCAGGGGCAGAUUCAAGCCCAUCUCCACAUGCAGGGAAACAUCAGCUGUCAGGAGCUGCUCUCAGCCAGCACCAUGGACGACCCGAUGUCCUUCACGCUGCCCCUGGAGCUGCUGGGCCUCUCUCUGGUACCGGUGCUGGUCGCGGCCGACUGUCCAAAGGAAGCAGAGGUGCUGAUGCUCAGGCUGUAUGACCUGCUGGGAGCGGCCGAUGCGGAGGAGCUCCUGAUGGAGGUGGAACGGCUGAUGGAGAGGAGGACGAGCACGUCGCCGCCUGCCCCCACACCGCAGGCGGCCGCUGGAGCCGGGCGCCGCAUGGAGGCCGUGAUGUUCAACAUCCAGCAGCUGGUGACAGUGGGGGAGGGCACCUCGGAGCAGGGGGGACUCUGCGAGGGCUGGACCCGGGUGAGCGGGGCCGUGCUGGUGGGAGCAACGGUGGAGGGGUCCGCGGGGGGGCUGGAGGCGGCUCUGAGCGGCUGUGAGCGGCUGGGAGCUCUGUGCGCCGGCGUGAGCGGCAGCGGCAGCGGCAGCGGGACGUACCGGGCUCUGGUGAAGAGGGGCAGCCGCGUCCUGCCCUCCGACGGCCCGGGCUCCGAGUGCUGGAUCCGCCGGUGCGGCGCGGACGCGGACGCGCGCGCCCGCGGCCGGCGGCCGAGGCGCAGCCCGCGGCGGCGCUGCGUCAACGAGAGCGAGCGGCGCGUGUACAGCGUGGUGGAGUGGAUCCCCGCCGUCAGCACCCUCUACAACCUGGGCACGGCCGUGUACUACGCGUCCGUCAACUGCUCCCAGACGGCCAAGGAGCGGGCCAUCGUCACGGCCGUGGACCUGGGCACGGACGCGCUCAUGGUGGCCACCGGGGGCGCCGCCGGGGUGGCGGGCUACGCCGUGGGCGCCGGCGUGAAGACCACCGUGAAGGCGAGCGUCAAGUAUCUGCUCGACUCCAUGAGGGACGACGACGACGUCCUGGUCAAUCAGUUCUCGUUAGGCGACGACAGCAUCAUCAUACAGUAGAACCAGGAAUCAGUCAUGUCAGUCACGUGUGAAUGACGCUGGACCAGUGCCGGACAAGGUCAAAUACAGCAGACUACAUGUAAUAUAGAUGGUUUAGAAAACAAGAUUACAGCUUAAAAUGAUUACCUUACAACAAGGAACAAAACUAUUAGAAGAUCUGUCAUAUUAGAAGCACUUAAAGAACUGUCUCAGGAAAUGAAGCCGUGACCCUUCACAUUUCCUCUCCUCUCUCUUCUGCACCUUCUGUCAGUUGAGUAGUGUCACAUUUACACCUCUUAGUGUAAUUACAGGGACAAUAGAAGAGGGAGAAUAGAAAAUUAUAGUUUGUUUUAUAUGUUUAUGUAGCGGUAGUACUGUAAGUGUGUUUUAUAGUAAAUUAACAAAAUAACAUAUAUUAUUUAAUGUGCAUGUUGAUUUUUUCUGUUUAGGUUGGAAUUUAUUUUAGGACAGGAGAGCAGUGUAACCUUUAAUGUGCACCGUGUGCUGAAUAAAGAUACAUGAAGGCA